AUGGCUCGGCUUCUAACAAAGACAGACCGCGUCGUCAUCGUGGGUGCAGGCGUGUUCGGUCUGAGUACUGCUCUUCAUCUGGCCGAGAGAGGCUACACUAAUGUCGCUGUCUUUGACGCACAGCCCUACGAAGCCACAAAGUAUGACUACAUUUCCGGCUGUGAUUCUGCUUCUGCCGACAUGAACAAGAUUAUCCGGUCUGCAUAUGGUGAACAAACAGAAUACCAGGACCUUUCUGGAGAAGCCAUCGAGUGCUGGAAGGCGUGGAAUAAAGAGAUUAGUACCGGUAUUUGCGUACCUGAUGGGAUGACUAAAGCCGAUAAGGUCUUCAUCAACAACGGCCAUCUCUCGUUGACUGACCGGGAUGAACUUCCUGAAUUUGAGAAAGCCACAAUCAGAAAUAUGGAACGGGCUGGCUUCAGCGAUACUCAACUCAUCACUACCGAUAGUCGUCAUCAGAAAAUCGCCAAUGACAGCGGCUUUGGUUCUGCGAUGGAUCCUUUUGGACGCAAAUCCAAAGCCAAAGGCUACCUCGGCGUCCUGGACACAACUGGGGGCAUCGCCAUUGCGGAUAAGGCUUGUCGUUUUGCCCUGCACAAGGCGAAGCAAAUGGGCGUUGCCUUCGUACUGCAUCCAGAAUCUGGCCAUUUCAAAGGAUUUUGUUACGACAGCCGAGGAAAGGUCAUCGGGAUUAGUAUGAGGGAUGGCCAAGAACACCUUGCGUCGAGGGUCGUUAUGGCAUGUGGUGGGUGGACGCCCUCCCUGAUGCCGGAGCUAGACGGCAUAUGCGAAACUACAGCCGGUUCUGUGGUGAUGCUGAAGAUACCAUCCGAAUCACCGCUCUUUGAACGGUUUGCCCCAGAAAAGUUUCCGUCCUGGUCGUACAGAAUGCGAGAUGGAGCGAUCGGUGGCCUCUACGGUUUUCCCCGAGACGACAGAGGCUACAUGAAGAUUGGGUAUCGAGGCACGAAAUAUACUAAUCCGAAGACGCAAUCAGAUGGCAAGGAGCGCAGUGUACCUAUCACGAGAUACACAGCCGACGAGAAGACUACACAAAUUCCCAAGCAAGCGUUGACAGUGUUCAAGUCCUUUAUUACAGAGUUUUUACCAGAGCUGGCUGAAGAAGGGAUUGGCAUUCAGCUGACCCGACUCUGUUGGUACACUGACUCUUUCGAUAACCACUAUCUGAUCGACAACGUGCCGGGUCAAGAAUCAGUCCUGAUUGCGACAGGCGGGAGCGGUCAUGCCUUCAAAUAUCUCCCCAAUAUUGGCAAAUGGAUCGUUGAUAUCAUGGAGGGUGUUGAUAUGGAUCGCCAGCUGAUCCAAAGUUGGAAAUGGAGGGAAACGGCAGCAGGCCGACAACCUGUCAAUGUUCUAAUGGAGGGUAGUAGCGGCCCGAGAGCCCUCAAGAAUGUGGAAAUGUCUACCGACGACGAUUUGAAGCUCUCUGCUCGACAUCGGCUUUGA